AUCUACUCCAGAGCUACGAGUACAGCAUCAGGAGCUCUCGAUUCGAACCACCCAACAUCAAUAUUCUCUCUCGCCUGUAAAAUGCCGAAAGAGAAAUCCAUAAACCCCGCGCAAGCGCAGCGCAAAGCAGACAAAGCCAAAGCUAUCAAAAAAGGUACGCCUAAAUCUGCAUUCAUUCUCGAUCAAGCUGCUAAUACAUUGUUCGAAUAGGCAAAGCAGCAGUUCAGGCUACCCGAACAGAGCGUCUUGCGAAGAAAAACCCCGACCGCCUCCAGACACAGCUCGAUGAAUUAAAAGCCCUCGAAUCGUCGGGUGGCAAGCUCACUUCCCACGAAAAGUCCAUUGUUGAAGGUCUAGAGAAAGAAAUCAGAGCGGUAAAGAAGGCAAGAGAAGCUUUGGGAGAGAAAGCCCCCAAAUUUGGGUCUGGUUCUGGUUCAAGAGGAGGAUUUGAGGGAGGCAGAGGAGGGAGGGGCGGAGGGCGUGGUGGGGGUGUACUGGGGAAGAGGAGGCGGGAUGAUGAAGGAAGCACUGAUGAGAGUGAGAUUGAUGAAGACACGAAGAGGAUACCUAUGCCACGCGAUACCCCCCCACCAAUACCUAAGGAAUAUCUGGAUAGGUGGUACCAGAAACGACGGGAGCGAUGGCAGGCAAAUAACCCUGAUCGAGAGAGUAACGAUCGAGCUUCGGGCACUGCUGCAAACUCGACACCGCUUGGCGAUAAUGCUAGAAAAUUCCCGGAUAGAAGUGGCGGUGGAAAUGGGCCAAAAGAAAGAGUUUUGGAGGAGGUCAAGACAGUUUACGAAGCGAAACCUGCUUUGAGAAAUUUGAGAAAGGAGGCAGUGGCAUUCGUUCCGGCAACAGUACGGGCGAAGCUGGAUCGAAGUAAAGGAGUUGGAGGCUUGGUGGAGCCAGAAGAGGCGGAUCGACUUGAAAGAGAAGGAUAUCUGAACACAGGCCCUACGCAGCCUAGUUCGAAGACCGUACAGAUGGAGGAAGUCGAGGACGAAGACGCGUGAUAUGUGAAACUUUAGAAAUUGGUACCCCUGAUUUGCCUGCGGUCAAGUCAUACAUGUGAGCCUCUCUCCCUCGUAAAUCCACUAUUGAAUUGAAUUAUAAUGUUCAUUUGCACCAAGAAGUCAGUCAUCUAGUGCGAGCGUAGCCAUAUCCAUGCUGCCAUGCAAGUAUAGUUAACAGAUAAGUUCCCGAAAUACUAGACAAGCAUGCUCUGGCAACUUCAAACCUCUCAUAGCCAAUACAUAAGAGAAGAAGAAACUGCC